CCUUUCAUCCCUGUAAAUUACCUAAAGCCCAACCUCCAAAAUGUUCCUAUUGUAUUCUCUCUCUCUCUCUCUCCGAGAGAGAUAGGUCUUCUUCUUCUUCUUCUUCUUCUUCUUCUGGUCUUCACUUAUGGCCGGAAUUUGUAACGCUGUUUGAUUCCUGUAAUGCUGUUGUUUUUUCUUCUACUGAAUCUUGGGUUUCAGUUUGAGAUAACCCUAGAAUAGAAGCUACCGUGUUUGUGAAUUGUUUUGUUUCUGGAGGAGGAGGUGGAGGUGGAGGAUUACGACUACAGCGUUGUUUUUUGUUGUUUGGUUGUAGUUUCUCGGCUUCUUCGUCUAGCUUCUGCUCUUCUGCUGCUUGUUUGUGUGUGUGUGUGUGUGUGUGUGUGUGUGUGUGUGUGUGUGUGAGUGAGUUUUCCAUUUUGGUUUGUAUGGUUUGUCCAUCUCUGUGUUUCUUUGAGGCUGUAUGAUUCUUUCUUAUGCCAUGGAACAACCUGAUGCCAAGGAUUUGAGGGACUCUGCGGAGAAUUCCUCUGCUAAUACACUCUUUGAUGCUUCACGAUAUGAGUUUUUUGGUCAAAAUGUCGUGGGAGAAGUGGAGCUGGGAGGUUUAGAAGAAGAUGAAGACGUUCCUUUAUUUGGAUCUACAGAUGAAGAGUAUCGUCUAUUUGUUCGGGAAGAGAGUGCAGGGUUGGGAUCUUUAUCGGAAAUGGAUGAUUUGACAAGUACUUUUGCGAAGGUAUGCCUCCAUUGUCAAUUAUUCUGUUCUAACAGUAAUUUAUCUCUCUUUGUGCUUAUGAUUGUAUUAUCUUCUUUAGGUUCAUCUGCAACUGAUUGGGCACAAGAUGGAGACUUUUGUAAUUGGUUAGAGCAGCAUGUAUUUGAUUCAGAAUGUGCUCAGGAGGAGAAGAGAUGGUCAUCCCAGCCUCAACCAGAUCCGAAACCUUUGUAUAGAACAUCCUCUUACCCUCAGCAACAACCUACACUACAGCACUAUUCUAGUGAACCAAUUCUAGUACCGAAAUCUUCUUUCACAUCCUUCCCUCCUCCAGGAAGUAGGUCUCAACAUGGUUCACCUCGUCACCUACAUAUUUCAUCCCUUGCGGAUGGAAGUCAGUUACCCUUAUCUGCACCAAACAUCACUUCUUUAUCCAAGUCUAAUCUGCAGUUAGCUGGUAUGCAUCAUGGCUUGCAUUAUGGAGGCAACAUGCACCAGUUCACCACUCCCGGCCUUUCUUUUAGUAGCAGGCCACAAAAUCAGUGGAUUAACAACGCUGGUCUAUUACAUGGAGAUCAUUCACAUCUGUUUAAUAGUAUGAUGCAACAGCAACUAUCUCAUCAAAAUAGCCUUCUUUCCCCUCAGUUAUUGUCAGCUCAUCAACAGCUGCAACAGCACAGGCUACAUCAUCCAGUUCAACCAUCUUUGGCGCAUUUUGCAGCUCUUCAGUCUCAGCUGUAUAAUGCCCAUUCACCAUCCUCACAUAGAGCAAUGCUUGGAUUGACUGAUGUGAGAGAUCAGAAACCUAAGUCGCAGAGAGGGAAACAUAACAUGCGCUCUUCUCAGCAAGGUUCUGAAACCGGUAGUCAAAAGAGUGAUAGUGGAUCCAUCCAGUUUAGAUCUAAGCAUAUGACAGCUGAUGAGAUUGAGAGUAUUCUGAAGAUGCAGCAUGCUGCCACCCACAGCAAUGAUCCUUACAUAGAUGACUACUAUCACCAGGCUCGUGUUGCCAAAAAAGCUGCUGGUUCAAGAUCGAAAAAUGCAUUUUGUCCAUCUCGAAUAAGAGAGCUUCCAUCCCGAUCUCGUAGUGGUUCAGAUCAGCAUUCUCAAUCCACAGCUGAUUCAUUGGGAAAAAUACCCCUCACUUCUAUUCGGAGACCUCGCCCCCUCCUUGAAGUUGAUCUUCCAUCCUCAGGUUCUUGUGAUGGUAGCACUGAACAGACAAUACCUGAGAGGCCUCUGGAGCAGGAACCGAUGCUUGCUGCUAGAAUCACCAUUGAAGAUGGUCUCUGUCUUCUCCUUGAUAUAGAUGAUAUUGAUCGGCUUUUACAACACAAUAAACUGCAAGAUGGAGGUGUCCAGCUUAGACGAAGGCGGCAGAUGCUGCUGGAAGGUUUGGCAGCAUCACUUCAGCUUGUUGACCCACUUGGAAAAAGUAGCCAUGGUGUUGGCCCAUCUCCAAAAGAGGACAUCGUGUUCUUGCGUUUGGCCUCUCUUCCCAAAGGUCGAAAGCUUCUUUCUAAAUUUCUCAAGCUGCUCUUCCCUGGUAGCGAGCUAGCACGAAUCGUCUGUAUGGCCAUUUUUCGUCACUUAAGGUUCUUGUUUGGUGGACUUCCAUCUGAUCCUGGAGCAGCUGAGACAACAUCUAAUCUUGCGAAGACUGUUUCUGCCUGUGUUAAUGGUAUGGACCUUCGUGCACUAAGUGCUUGUCUCGUUGCAGUUGUCUGUUCCUCAGAGCAGCCACCACUACGCCCCCUUGGAAGUUCUGCUGGAGAUGGAGCCUCUAUUGUUCUGAAGUCCAUUCUUGAAAGGGCUACUGAACUGUUAACCGAUCCUCAUGCUGUUAGUAACUGUAGCAUGCCUAAUCGUGCUCUCUGGCAGGCAUCCUUUGAUGAAUUCUUCAGUCUCCUUACCAAGUACUGUGUGAGUAAAUAUGAGACUAUAGUGCAGUCAUUAUUUUCACAGACACCAUCAAGCACCGACGUUAUAGGGUCAGAGGCAUCCAGAGCCGUCAGCCGCGAAAUGCCUGUGGAGCUUCUUCGUGCUAGUCUUCCUCACACCAAUGAGCCCCAAAGGAAGCUUUUAAUGGAUUUUGCCCAGCGUUCCAUGCCAGUUGCAGGAUUCAGCGCCCAUGGUGGAAGCAGUGGGCAAAUGAAUUCAGAAUCAGUUAGGGGUUAGGAAUGGAAAUCAUGAUGAAGUAUCAGGUAAAUGAUGUUACCAGCAAGAUGGUGAUUUUCUGCAUCGCCUCACCUCCUUCAGGAAGUGUAAACGUUCUCGGUGUUCGAUGAGGCAGGAGGCGAUGACCGGUAAGUGGCUGGCCAUAUCACAGGAGUCAGCUUGAGGGGCUUCUACUUUAUCUAUCCAUUUCAGCGUUUUCUUUUAACAUUUCUUAAG